AUGUCUACCGACGAGAUCCUGAGAAAUUUCAAGCGGUUUGAAAAGCAGCGCCUUAAGGACGCGACGAAGGCUGGUCCACGUGAUUUUCCCGGCCAGAAACGCCCCAAAAUCGGCACUACACCAUGGUACACCAUUCCCCUAUCACGUCGAAGCGCUGUUCUGAUGCUGCUGUUUGAAGUGGCUAAUCCCGACAAGCCAGCUGGAAAGGAGCUACAUAUUCUGUUCACAGUCAGAUCCGCGCACCUCCGGUCGUUUCCCGGCCAAGUGGCGCUUCCAGGAGGCAAACUAGACCUGGAGCUGGAUGGAUCCAACGUCAGCCAUAUUGAAGCAGACCUGUGGGAGAACGUUGAUCCCGCACUGUCAAGUGACACUGAAAAGAGAUUGUCUGAGUCGGCAUCGUUUUCUGCCUGGAGUAUUGCUCUGAGAGAAGCCUAUGAGGAGGUGGGUCUGUUUGGAGAGUUCAUCAAUGAAGACACGAAGAGCAUUUUGAUGAACCCGGUGGAUGGAGGAAGGGAUGCCACCGGGACGGAAAAGCCACCUUUUUUGAACGAAAACCCUCUCUUGUCCGUCGAAAAACUGUGCGAGUUGCCACCCUUUGUCUCCAGAAACGGACUGGGUGUUGUCCCAUGUAUUGCAUUUGCACGGUCCAAGCAACGCGGACAAUUUCUGAAAUACUCGGAGAUUUGUCCCAAGCUUAAUUUCGAUGAGGUUCAAUCUGUCUUCUCCAUUCCGUUGGAUUACUUCUUAUCUAAACACACCUCGGGUGGCGUUGAGUUAUACAACUCCUACCCCCGAGCAGCGUGGGGAAACACCGGGGUUGAUUGGAUUAUGCACUCAUUCAACCACAAUGCACUCCCAUAUCCCAAUAUUCGGAAUGGCGACAGUAAGGGCCGAGUAACCAUUGAUGAUCUUCUGGCUGAAGCCUCGGCUCCGCAAGUUCAGCCUGGAGAACUGACGCAGGUGGGCCAGAAGAUACGGUCACGUGAGAGUAUUUUCAGCGAGAGUGGCCCCGAGCCCGACCCAGCUUCGUUCCACAAAAACGUCGUGGCAAGCGUAGACUUGCUGCCUCCUAUUUGGGGUCUGACGGGUCACAUUUGCAUAGACUGUGCUCGGGUGGGUCUGAAUAGAGAUCCCACCGAGUUUGAUUUUGUCGCUGACAUUGGCCAGGACUCGCUGGUGGGUCAGUUGAUAAAGGAGGGAAUGUUUAAUCCCCGCCCUAAGAAGCCCCAGUCAAGGGUUUAG